AUGCCACAUGUCAUCUCUCGAACACCCAGGAUGUCCCACAGCAGGCAUCCUUCAGAUCUCCCUGAAGACAGAAAAAUCUCCUCCAGGGUCACUCGAGUAAUAGUGAAGACACCAGGCAACCAGAAAGACUUUGUUGUAGGUGAUGAUACCUCGGUAAGGCAGUUCAAGGAGAAGCUAUCAGCUCAUUUCAAAUGCCAAAUGGACCAACUAGUGCUGGUCUUCAUGGGCCGCCUUCUCAAAGACCAUGACACACUGAGCCAGUGGGGCAUAGUGGAUGGACACACCAUCCAUCUGGUCAUCAAGUCCAAGCAUGGCUCCAGAUCCCUAGCCCAUUCCUCUAGGAAACUGCCAACAAAUGAGUCCUGUCACCAGGACAGGAACACCAAAGAAAACAGCAGUGGGGUGUACCAGCCUGCUGGUAUGAGUCAAACCCCAGUGGAACCAGCCCAUUUUGUGGAGUCUGCUGUGCCCAAGGUGCAUACCCAGGAUCUGGAAGUAGGUCAUUCAGAACGCAUAGCACAGAUGCUAGAGAAUCCUAAUAUCCAGCGACUUCUGUGCAACACAGAGUUCAUGCGGCAGUUCAUCUCAGAACACCCAGACAUGCAACAAUUGAUGCAGCAGAACCCAGAAGUCUCUAAUCUCCUUGACAAUUCUGAGAUUCUAUGGCAAACUUUAGAGCUUGCCAGAAGCCUUGCCAUGAUCCAAGAGGUAAUGCAGAUGCAGCAACCUGCGCAGAACCUUGAGCAUCCACAAAAUCCACCACACUACCUGGGCUUAGAGACAGUUCCAGGUGGGAGCAAUGCAAUGGGUCAGAGCUAUGCUGAUUCUAUUGACCAAAUCAACAGUUUGCAAGACCCUUUUGGGGGCAACCCUUUCACAGCCCUCCUGGCAGGACAAGUGCCAGAAGAAGGACAAGAUCAACCUUCAUCCCCACCUCCACCACCUUCCCAUGAAUGGCAAGAACAGCUUCCACAGCUCUCUACAACCCGGGUCAUCUAUACUAGUUCCUGUGGCUUAUCCUCAGUCACCUCAGCCAAUGCCACCAUCAACGGGGUCAACUAUACUUCUAGGGAAAGUACUGCCACAGUCUCCACCAAGGACCGGAGCCAUAUCUGUACCAUUCAACAGGCAGUAGGAACACCAGCUUUACCUAGUAUAGAGCUCAACCAGCAGCCUCAGGAAGAAGACAGGGAUGGCACCAUCUCACUAGAUAGUUCUGACCAGAGAUUAGAGGAUGAUCUCCAGCUGUCAGAGGAGCAGACCAACUCCCAGAUCACAGGAGGCAUGAUGCAGUUGCUUAUGAGCAACCCCUGCCUGGCAGCUCAGAUGAUGUUGUUCAUGAGUAUGCCCCAUCUGAGUGAACAGUGGCGGCAACAGCUACCCACAUUCCUGCAACAGACUCAGGUUUCUGACCUGCUUCUAGCCCUGGCCAACCCUAAAGCAUCACAAGCAAUAUUGCAGAUUGAGCAGGGUCUCCAGCUGUUGGCUACAGAGGCUCCUGUUCUUCUGCCUUGGGUUGCACCCUACCUAUGGGGCCUGGGUUGGCUUCCUGCCCCCAAUUGCAAUUACCCUGACACAGUUCCCUGGACUGGCAAUGUUCCAGAAAUGGCUGAUCCCAAAGCACCUGAGUGCUGUCACAAAUCUGGAGCAGUCCUACAGAGGCUACAGUCCCUAGCUGGAGACCUUUCCCACCCUCUUCAAGCCCCUGAGGUUAGAUUCAGCAAGCAGAUGGAAUCUCUCCAGGCCAUGGGAUUUGGGAAUCACCAUGCCAACCUACAGGCACUCAUUGCUACUGAGGGGGAUACCAAUGCUGCUAUCCGUAAGCUCAAGAGAUCUCGGGGAUUGUAA